CAAGCAUGACCACCGACGCGCCUCGCAAGAUCAACAUUGCUGUCAUAGGUGGUGGCAUAGGUGGACUUGCCACCGUCCUCGCCAUACAGCACUUCUGUGACAUGUCCCAGCUGGAGGUGACCAUCUACGAGUCGGCUUCCCAAAUCAACCAGAUCGGUGCCGGCAUUAAUCUCUGGGCGAAAGUCUGCGAGAUGCUCAGCGGGCUUGGAUUGAAGGAGGACAUAGACGCCCUCCUGCGUGCGAACGAGAAUUACGCCUGGACCAUUCGCAAGAGCGAUCAAGCCCAAGGCGUUCCCAUGUGCGAGGUCCAGCUCAAGGACUCCGAGAGACUGCUCCUACUGCAUCGCGCUGUCGUCCAGGAUAUUCUUCUGAGGCACAUCUCUCCGGCGGUCAAGAUCUGUCUCUCUCAUCGCCUAGAGAGCUACACAUACACCGAAGAUGCCGCGCUGAGGAACCAGUUGAACUUCAAGGACGGUCAAGUGGCGCGGUGUGACCUGCUGAUUGCUGCAGAUGGCGUCCAUUCGACCGUCCGCCGCCAGUUCCUUCCUGCGUUGGCGAAGAAGCUCGGUAGGCCCGAGUUGCUCGAGUCCGUCGAUCCUCUCUUCAGUGGUAGCAAGGCCUAUCGCAAUCUUGUUCCCACGGAGAAGUUGGCGGCAGAGUGGCCUGGCCAUCCCGCGUUGACGAAGCCGCGCUCGUAUUGUGGCAAGAACAAGCACAUGAUCACCUACCCGGUUUCCGGUGGUCGCGUCGUGAACGUUGUACCCUUCCACACCGAUCCAUCCAAAGUCGAUACCCCCUUCCUCGGUUCGCAGAUCGGGCAAGGGACCGCCGAAGAAGUUCUCAAGAUAUACGAAGGAUGGGAGCCUGAAGUGCAGGCCGUGAUCAAGUGCAUGGAGAAUCCCUCGCACUGGGCGAUCCUGACGCUGAAGCCAUUCGAUACGUGGGCUGACGACGGUGUCUUCCUGCUCGGGGAUGCGGCUCACGCCAUGAAUCCUCACAUCGGAACGGGCGCUUGCGAGGCCAUCGAGGUAUAUGACUGUAGAAACGAAUCAUUUCUUCUACUGACGUGUUGCCCUCCUCAGGAUGGCCACGUCCUCGCCCGAAUCCUCGCGCGAGCGCAGAAGAAGGGACCCCUCGAGAUGCUCUCCAACGAGACGAUGGCGCUGCUCUACAACCGUCUCCGCCCGCCCAAGGCCAAUUUCGUAUCAGCGCGUGCCCGACUGCAGGGCCUGUUCUACGAAUUCAACGAGGAAGGCGCGAACUUGUCCCUGGUGGAGAAGGACUCACCGAUGUACACGGCGCCGGAUCGAUUGGGAAAGGUCGCCGCGGGGAUCCGGGACGGAUACUACUGGCCCUACACGCAUAGCCUCGUGCGCCAGGCUGAGGAGACCGUGGCGCUGGCUUUGUCCACGGCGUAAGGUCGAAUACAGCUUUUGGCGAGUAGUGAACGUGAUGAGUGUUUGGGAAAAGGGAUUGCUAAUGAAUCGGUUGACCGUGCGAGUUUUCACCCCGGCAUGCUUGCGCGCGGAACGCAGCCGCAU